AUGAAGAAUUUUAUCAUCAUUGUCCUAUUAUGUCUACCAGUUUCAUUGGCUUAUCCACUGGACAAGACAGUGAUAGAAGAACCAAACAUCGACUUUGUCCAGAAAUACCUUAAAAAUUACUAUAAUCAUGGAAAGUAUAUGAAACAAUUUGUGAGGGGAAAUGACAGCAGUGCUGUGGUUAAAAAUAUCCAAGAAAUGCAGAGGUCCCUUAGGCUGAAGGUGAUGCAGAAGCGGGAAUCUGACAUCCAAAAUGUGACGCUUACACCCAUUUGUGGAGUCCCCCCUAUUGGUUACUUCUUCUCUACAUUUCCUGAUCAACGGAAGUGGAGCAAAUCUACUCUUACUUACAGAAUUAUGAACUACACACCAAAGCUGUCAAGUUAUGCCGUUGAUUCUGCAGUUGAGAGAGCUCUGAAACUUUGGGAGGCGGUGACUCCUCUCACAUUCACCAGGCUUUAUGAUGGGGAGGCUGAUAUAAUGAUCUCGUUUAUGCAUAGAGACCAGGAAGCUUUUGCCGUACCUCCACAUGCUCUGGCUUUUGCCUUUUCACCCAGGUCAACCUUAAAUGAACACAUUCAUUUCUAUGAUGAUAUAUGGUGGACAGAAGAUUAUUCAGGUAUCAAUUUUUUCUAUGUGGCUGCUCAUGAAAUUGGUCAUUCCCUUGGUCUCUUUCAUUCAAAUGACCCUGAAGCUUUGAUGUACACAUUCUACAAGGAACCCAAAGACCAAUCCCAAUCGCUCCUUUCUCAAGAUGAUGUGAAAAACAUUCAAUCCCUCUAUGGACCUCCACCCUCUUCCUUUGAUUAUACCAAGGCACCCAUCUCUAGGAAAUCUGAGCUUCUAUCUCGGUGUGACUCUGACUUGUCAUUUGAUGCAGUAACUACCAUGAGAGGAGAAAUUUUCUUCUUUAAAGGCAGAUAUUUUUGGCGGAAAAUGCACAUGGAUCAUAAACCUGUAUUGUAUUCUAUUUCCUCACAUUGGCCCUCUCUUCCAUCAAAGUUAGAUGCUGCAUAUGAAGCUCAUACCAAGGAUACUGUCUUUGCAUUUAAAGGGAAUCAGUUUUGGGCCAUCAAACUCCUAGAUGUGCAAGCAGGUUAUCCAAGAAGCAUCUACACAUUGGGCCUUCCACCAAACAUGAAGAAAAUUGAUGCAGCUUUUUCUGAUGACUAUAACAGGAAAACCUACUUUUUCAGAAGAAAAAAAUACUGGAGAUUUGAUGAGGAUAGCCAGUCCAUGGAUCCAGGUUUCCCCAGGCUAAUAACUAAUGACUUUCCAGGAGUUGAGCAAAAGAUUGAUGCUGUAUUUAAAAUGUCUGGAUAUUUUUAUUUCUUCAGUGGACCAUUACAGAUUGAGUUUAAUCCUAAUAACAAGAUGGUAACAAAGCAUCUGAGGAGUAACAGCUGGUUAGGUUGUGAAGCAUGA